AUGAGGAAAGGAACCAAGUCUGCCUUAUACAAAGCAUUUGCACCAAUUGAACAGACAAAUAUCCAAGGCGCGGACGGCAAUUUCGAAGUGACCUUGGCCACCAAAGCCACCAUCUACCACCAGGGCCUGGUCGAGUGGAAGCCGCCUGCGAUUUACAAGUCCUCGUGCGAAAUAGACGUCGAGUAUUUCCCGUUCGACGAGCAGACUUGCGUGCUCAAGUUCGGCAGCUGGACCUACGACGGUUUCAUGCUACCUGUAACUACCAGGAACUGUCAUAAACCGCUUAGAAUCACCAAAAACUGCCAAGAACCACCAAAACCCGCCAAGAACCAUCAAAAACCGCCAAGAACCACCAAGAACCGCCAAGAACCACCAAGAACUGCCAAGAACCGCCAAGAACGGCCGAUAACCGCUAAAAACUGCAGAGAACCGCCAAAAACCGCGAAAAAGCAGCAGCAGGAACCAUUGAAACCGACCGACCAAAAAACUACUAACACUGUGCUCAUGAGAAAUCGCGCCGACGGCAACUAUGAAGUAACCUUGAUGACCAAGGCCACCGUUUACUACGACGGUCUCGUCGUUUGGAAGCCUCCCGCUGUGUAUAAGUCUUCUUGCGCAAUAGACGUGGAAUUUUUCCCGUACGACGUGCAGACGUGCGUUCUCAAAUUGGGAUCUUGGACGUAUGACGGUUUCAAGGUUCGCGUGCGUGUUUAG